CCUAGGUCUAUUUUGUACUCAUUUUCAUGGGCCUAGGCUGCCACCUGCCCCUAGGGCGGCCCCUGUAUGUUGCCCAGAUUACUUCCAGAGUCUGCAAAAACGCAGAUGUAAGAAGCAAAAGAGUCGCAUUAAGCGAAUCCGAAUAUUGUGUUGUUAGAUCCAUCGGCCAAGAACGAGUUUGGUAGAUCGGACGCUACAUAAACAUUCAUCUUCUCUACAUAAUAAAGCAAGGCAACUAUUCCAGAUUUCUUAUCCACCGUACCCAAAUCACAAAAAUCUCUUCCAAUUUGAUAUUCAGGCAGAUUGCUUCUUAAGAGUCGAGGCAUAAUGUAUAGACAAAACAGAAGUUGGAUGUAUGAAAAACAUGGUGAAAAGAGAGGAAUACGAGACGAAUUUCUUAAAGGAAUUGAACAGUUUAUUAAAUUUGCACUUGAACAAAAGAAUUUUAUGGAUGGUGAUAAAAUCAGAUGUCCAUGUACAAAGUGUAAAAAUCUCAAAUUUAAAGACAGCGAUGACGUUGCGUGGGAUUUGUACAAAAAAGGUUUCGUUGACAAUUAUUAUAAUUGGACUGCUCAUGGCGAACCUUUCGAUCCAUCAUUUUUACCACAAACAGUAGGUUCGUCUCGUAACGUUCCUACCGAGAUGAGUGGAUGAGAAGACUAUGAUGAAAUGGUGUGGGAUCAACCCGAGUCAACCCCCAACGUCGAUUUUGAUCCAAAUGAUUAUUUCAAUGAUGAAGACCCCCGGAAUUGUAAUAAAUACUCCGUAGUAUUAAAAAUUUGAAUUUUUAUGAAAUAUUGUAAUUGUAACAUUUUUAUUUUUUAUUUAAUAUUUAAUUUGUCACUGAUUGGGGCCGUGACAAAUUUGAAUUUCUGUAUUUCCCACGAAUUAUUUGCAUUUAUUCUUUUUAAUCAAAAAAAUUGUUUGUCACGGAUUGAGUCCUUGACAAAAUGUGAAUUUUCAAAUUUUUAGUGUUCCCGCAAUCCCACUCGGAUAAGUGCAAAAACAUUUUUGGAAUGUUUCUUAGUUCCUGAGAAAUGCUUGUCACACCCCAAAGGUCAUGGAAUAAAUCCGUGACAACCCCUAUGACAAAAUUGUUUGUCAAGGAUUUGUUUUAAAACACACGUACUAAGUAUUUAUAUGGCAGUUUUUGGUUGGAACAAAGUGAAGUUAAGUUAUACUUUUUGGAGCUUAUCACAAGGUGACCCGAAUAAUAUUAGAAGAAUAGAAGAUGGAGUUGGGGUUGUUUGAUUCUUCUUCUGAAUAGAAGAAUAGGUUGUUUUAUUAUACCAAAAAACUGGUUAUACCAAAAAACCGUUUAUACCAAAAACUGUUUACCAAAAACUGUUUAUAGCAAAGAACUGUUUUUACACAAAAUUGUUUUACACAAAACUGUUUUUACACAAAACUGUUUUUACACAAAACUGUUUUUAUGUUUUUUAUACAACUGUUUUUUAUACAACUGUUUAUAAAAAACUGUUUAUAAAAAACUGUUUAUAAAAAUCUGUUUAUAAAAUACUGUUUAUAAAAAACGUUUAUAAAAAACUGUUUACAAAAAACUGUUUACAAAAAACUGUUUACAAAAAACUGUUUACAAAAAACUGCUUUUAUAUAAAAUGUUUUUUAUAAAUUUUAAAUACGAAAACUUAUUUAAGAUUUCAACCAAAAUUUGAUAUUCUAUUAUAUUUACACUAUUAUUUGAAAAUGUAAAUUAAUACUCCUCAUUAAUCAAUUAUUUUAGAUGAGCAAUGAACAAUCAACCUCCCAUGCUCGCCCGAACUAUGCGCCCUUAACCCAAGCUGAGCACAACAAUGAAGAUUCGGAAUGGGCGACACAUCACAUGGUUGCUAAGUAAGUAACUAUGAACUUUAUUUAAUGUGAAAUAAUUUUAUCUAAUGUCAAAUAAUCUAACCAAAUGGAUAUAAAAAAAUAUCAUUAUUUUUUUGAAGCGAUCAAGAAGUGUUGAAGACUAUUUAUUGUGAAUCAAGUUUGUCUGUCUUGUCUGUAAUAAGUUAGAUGUUUACUAUUUCUAUUCUGUACUGAUUAAAUAUAUCUGUUAGAAUAGUAUACAAUAUGGGCCAAGUGUUAGGCCCAUACUCAGGCAAGAAGCCUUUGUACGCAUACCUGAGCCUCGCCUAUAAAAGAGGGAGGAGGACUCAGGUUUGUGGUUAACUUUCGUAUCUGCUCAAAAUAGCCUUAGCGCUUAUCAUUCUUGUACGAAAGAUUCACGGUAUAUCAGAGAAGGUUUUCACUUGAUUUUUCUGUGUUCAUCUCUAUUCUUAAUCUUUCAUCUGUAUGCCAUAUUAUACUGUUGUUAUAGAAAACAGGGAAUAUCAAUUGGUAUCAGAGCCGAUCGAGAGCUGAUCAGAAGAACUAUCUGCGAAAGACUCUGUUUUUAUAGAAUAGCGAGUUUAUCAUCUGUAAUCUUAUUUCUGCACCGAAUACUGUAAAAGUUAUACUGUUAGAAUCGCGUUUCAAAGACGAUCAAGCAGUAUAUCUUCCUUUUUCGUUUCUGCAAUUUUUCUUCAGAAGUAAACUCGCACCCUUGAACUCGCACCCCUCGUUUCUCUAAGCUCUGUGCAGCUUUUUGACCUGAAACUUGGGUAAACGGAUCUCUACUACAAGGGCUACAACCUACCAUAUUUGUAUUUCUGAAAAUCUGAAGUUUUAUUUUUUCAGGAAUUCGCAGCCA